GUCUGUCUGUCUGUCUGUCUGUCUGUAUGUAUAUAUGCAUGCAUGUAUCUGUCUGUAUGCAUGUUUGUUUGUAUGUAUGUGUCACGGGGUGACGACUUUUCGGGGCGGAACCAAAAGUUGAGGAAGUUGGUUCCGCCCGGAUGUUUCCGCCCCGACCGGAAAAAUGGAAACACCGGACAUCCGGCAGCUUUUCGAAGGCUGUAAUCAGCGGAUUGAGCACAGCUGUGCCUAGUUAAAGAGAUCGCCGGGUAAUUGGAUAACGGGAGUGUAAGGAGAAGGAUAAAAAGCACAGUUAGAUGACAGUUGGGGGUCGAAGUGUGUGCUGAGGAACGGAGCUGUGCUCAUUGUUAGACGUGGUGACUGGCUAUAUUUCUCUCUCUUCCCUCUUCUCUUGUUGCAGUUACGGUGGACCGGCUGGAUUUAAGAAAUAACCCUACGGGUAUGAAAGGAACUCCGGUCCAACUAGUAAAUUGGAAGGAGUAAAGCGAGAAGCGAUUUGAUUCCAUUGCACAACGUACACAAAGGCUAUCCGCUGUGAGUAUGUCCGUUGGUGUAGCAUAACUGGCAGAAACUUACAUUGUGUGAUCGUUGGAGUCCUCCAGGAUUAGGAAGGCGGCCCUACCCCUAUAACUAGCGUGGUGGGCGAGCCGCUAGAAGCAUACAUUUCAUACAGCCACAGCAUCGCGACUUUGGUCUGGUCGUUUUGCCAUCGCCUCUACGUUAGCCCCAAGCACAGUGGAAGAGAUCGGGCGUUUCCCUUGUGGUGUUGCACUUGCAGUGUGAGAAGCCCCGCACCAUCCAUUCUCUCCCCUGGAAGGAGGACGGAGGGGCCAACGACCGUAGACCUCAUUGCCAUCAUACGCUGUGUGCUGUCUUAAGAGUACGAAGAGACGCAGGCCAAGAGCUGUGGAGGACUGUGAGUAUUAUAUUAGGAGCAUUGUGGUGUAAGCUUAUCUGCGUUUGCAUUGUCGCAGAGUCGGAGGCGAAAGGGUCCGCUGCCCCCGUGGUCUCUACGAAAGGGCGCCCCUAUCUGGGAUUCGAUCAGCCUACGGACAGUGGGGAUAGGGCAGCGCUCGACCCGGCGAGGUGGUGUGUGACCUUCGCCCCCCUGCUGACCUACAGAAGAACCGACUGUGAGUAAUAUCUUAGAAGCAUUUGUGGUGUAAGCUUACCUGUGUUUGUAUUGUCGCAGAGUCGGAGGCGAACGGGUCCGCUGCCCCCGUGGUCUCUACGAAAGGGCGCCCCUAUCCGGGAUUCGAUCGGCCUACGGACAGUGGGGAUAGGGCAGCGCUCGACCCGGCGAGGUGGUGUGUGACCUUCGUCCCCCUGCUGACCUACAGAAGAGCCGACUGUGAAUGUGAUACUUACCCAGAAAGCUGUAAGCAGCGGAGCCGGUGAGAACCAUUCAAAGUCCAGUAACAGCGUUUCUGUGUCCUAGCGAUCACCUGUGGAGAGAGAGAGAGGAAAACGAGAGUGAACCAGUGAAGAGCCGACUGUGAACGUGAUACUUACCCAGAGAGCUGUAAGCAGCGGAGCUGGUGAGAACCAUUCAAAGUCCAGUAACAGCGUUUCUGUGUCCUAGCGAUCACCUGUGGAGAGAGAGAGAGAGGAAAACGAGAGUGAACCAGUGAAGAGCCGACUGUGAACGUGAUACUUACCCAGAGAGCUGUAAGCAGCGGAGCUGGUGAGAACCAUUCAAAGGCCAAUAACAGUGUUUCUGUGUCCUAGCGAUCACCUGUGGAGAGAGAGAGAGGAAAACGAGAGUGAACCAGUGAAGAGCCGACUGUGAACGUGAUACUUACCCAGAGAGCUGUAAGCAGCGGAGCUGGUGAGAACCAUUCAAAGGCCAAUAACAGUGUUUCUGUGUCCUAGCGAUCACCUGUGGAGAGAGAGAGAGGAAAACGAGAGUGAAUCAGUGAAGAGCUGACUGUGAACGUGAUACUUACCCAGAAAGCUGUAAGCAGCGGAGCCGGUGAGAACCAUUCAAAGUCCAGUAACAGUGUUUCUGUGUCCUAGCGAUCACCUGUGGAGAGAGAGAGGAAAACGAGAGUGAAUCAUUGAGGAACCGACGGUGAACGUGAUACUUACCCAGGAAGUUGUAAGCAGGGAGCCGGUGAGACCCCUUUCAAAGUCAGUAACAGUGUCUUUGUUGUCCUAGUGGCCGCCUGUGGAGAGAGAAGAAGGCGAGAGUGAACCAUUGGGCACGGACAGUGGGAAAGAUCCCUACCAGCCACACCAGAAAUUGUCUGCCUCCAGGAGAGAAGAAGGAGGGCGCCACGGCCAGCAGGGUCCAGGCGGGAGCCUGACGUUUCCCUCUUUCCCCGUUGAUGGUGGUUGGCACCCCUGUUGUUCCGUCCCUGUUUGCCCGUGGCUGUAGUCUCCCUGGAGGGAGGAGAAGAAGCCAUUAGUUUUAAAUUCCCCUUCCCCAAUUUCCCCAGUCCUUUUAAGUAUUUAAAAUUCAAUAAAGCUUGUUUUAAAUUUUACUUACCUGUUUCCGUGUUUGUCUGGUCAUUGGGUCGGCUUUGGGGACCUCCUCGAGGUGGGAGUUGAGAAGGGGCGUGGCUUUAGUCAAACACAGCCAGCCCCUAGUGGUGACAGAUUUUGGCGUAGUCGGCAGGGUCCCACCUCGAGUUGAGUAACCAAGGUCACCCAAUGACUGACAACGCGGGGCCAGCAGCCCCACCCCGUGCCACACCCGUUAUCAUGGGCAGCCCAUGGGUCCAGAGAUAUGGAGGAGCAGAGUCGGAGGUACGCCUGACCGAAUGGAAGGCCCAGCUGGAGUACUUGGCCGACUUGCAGGGCCUUAGCGCCGCCCAGCGGCUCCAAUUUGUGUUGAACUCCCUAGAAGGAGAAGCACGGCGAGAGGUACAAGCCGCCCCCGAAGCAAUUAGAGCCACCGCCCAGACUGUGUUCCAGUUCCUUGCUGAACAAUAUGGUGACCAUACCCCCGUAGCCGUCCUCCGCUCACAAUUUUUUAAUUGUAAACAAGGCCCCCGACAACCUAUUCGAGCUUUUGCCCUCAGGCUGCGGGAGCAGUUCACUCGCCUGCAAGCCCGACGAGACCAUGGGCUAGGAGAUGGAGAAGCGUUGUUACGCGACCAGUUCCUCCUGGGGAUGAAAGAAGGCCCCGUGAGACAAAGUCUGAGGGUCCAGUUCCGGAGGGACCCCGGGCUUACCUUCGAAGAUCUAAAGAAGGAGGCGCUAGCCCUGGAGGGUGAUGAGGCCGAAGUACCCGAAACCCCUGUAUGUGCAGCCGUAAGUGGAAACACAGCAGCGCCACCUGAACACGCAGACUGGAAGCAAGCCCUGAGGGUAGAAUUGCUGAAAGAUGUCCGAGAGCAGAUGUCGGAGCUAUCUAAGACCCUCUUGGGAGAACUCCGCCAAAGUAGGGCGCGAGAGGAACCGAGGCCGGCACCCCGAGAGCGAGUCUACUCUGAGAGGGGCCGAGAGCCACCAGGACGCCCGAAUCGUUUGAACCGGCCCCGCUUCGAGUGGGAUGACCAAGGGCGGCCAAUCUGCAAUCGGUGUGGAGAACCAGGGCAUUACAGUCGCCAGUGUGGGCCUCGCAGGGCAUCAGAGGGGGGUUUUUAAGACGACCGGCCACAGUGGGUCGUGUGGCCGGGACCCCUAGAGAAGACCCUGGAAGACGUGAGGAUUCUAGAGACCAGAUGGUUGGGCACAGCCCAAUGGCGGAGGUGAAGGUAUGUGGCAAGACAAUACAGUGCCUAGUAGAUACGGGCUCUCAAGUGACAUUGUUUGCGGAAAGUCUCUCGCAGGAAGUGUUUGGAAAGCAGAGUGCCCAAGGAGGGGAGGCCCCCUGGCUGACGUUGCGGGGCGCCAACGGUCUAGAGAUCCCUUAUAUUGGCUACCGGCUGACGGACUUAGAAGUUCAUGGGGUGUUGGUCCCCCAAAAAGGAGUGAUCAUCGUGGAGGACAGAUGUUUGGGUGUCCACCGAGCCCUAUUAGGUAUGAACGUCCUCUCCGAAUGUUGGGAGGAGUUAUUUCGGGCUAAGCCCGGCCCUAGGAUCCCCCCUGUCGAGAGGCCCCUGUGGGAGCAAGUAGUAGCUGACUGUCGUCGGGUCCAGAUGACCCAGGUCCGCAGAGGCC